AUGGUCAAGACGCUUCUAUCGCUGGUCUUAAUGACCAAUAUACUUUUUGUGAUGACUACAGCCGGUGUACAAUGCCCGGAGAACGAAAAUUAUGAUCCAUGCCCCAGUUGUGCUCCUGACACUUGCGACAGCAUUGGGAAACAAUACAAUUGUCCACUGGAGACCCCAGAUAAUUGUAAGGGUGCCUGUCGAUGUCGUACCGACUACUUAAGAAACAGUGACGCCGGUGUACAAUGCCCGGAGAACGAAGAAUAUGAUGAAUGCCCAAGUUGUGUUCCUGACACUUGCGACAGCAUUGGGAAACCAUAUAAUUGUCCAAUAGAGCCCCCAAAGAAUUGUGAGGGUGCCUGUCGAUGUAAAACUAGUUAUUAUAGAAACAGUAGCAAUAUUUGUGUUCUUGUUUCUGAGUGUCACUAA